GACGAAGACCGAACGACGCACGCCGUUUCGCCCGUCGCUGCUGCCGCAGCAGCAUGCGCGAAAUGGGCGUCAGCUGUCAUGCAGAACAGAACAGUGAUGUCACCAGCAAGCGGCGGCGGCGGCGGGGGAAACACAGCUUCGUCGCCUGCCCCCGCUGAAGUCGCGCGGCAGGCAAGCAUGCGCUCUUCGACGGCGACGAGACCAGAGGCCGAGGAAUAGUAAAGACGCCGUCUCUUCUGGAGAUCGGCGCAGGCCCUUCGGCGGAACACUUGUCCGUCCUGGCGACUGCAGGUGGAACUAGAGACUCGGGGUCGACGCACCACGGGUUAAGCAGGCCAGCUGUGCGCGUGAUGCUGUCGCCGCAGACUGUGACGAGGGAGCCCACUGAGGAGGGGGGCACGACUGGAGUCUGCGCAAGAGGUGCAACGCCGGUGGCGUUAUCUAAUCAGCGAGCCCUUCCGAAGGUGACCGUUCACCCAGAUGAGCCCAUUUCGCGCCCGGCGCUGGAGAGCGGCAGGAUUCUCGUCGCCGUCUGAUUUGCGCGGCUUCACAGCGAUCGCCCACGAGGUCCGGCCAUGGCGGCAAGCAAACAGACGCAACUGCAGCCGGGAGUUCCCGUCAGCAACGGGGCGGGGGCCGUCAACGCUUCCCGAGCGUAUCAGCCUGGAGCUCACGUGACCAACGGCACUCAAGGAAUCUUCACUGUCAGCGGUCAACUGGACCGAGAAUCGCAGCGUGCCAGCGGGUCCUCAAAGAGGAAGUGCUGCGGAAAGAAGGCCAUGGUCGCGGCCGGCGUCAUCGCGACUCUCUUGGUGCUCACUGCAGUGGCCCUGGGCACGGUAUUCGGCCUGGACCUGGUGCCAGUGGGCAGUGAUCAUCACGCCGAACCUUCGACCGGACCCGCAGUACUUCCGGGACCGCCGUGCGACACCGAACAGUGCCAGGCCGUGUCGGACUUGUACAGCCAGUCACUGUCACCCAAAUACAACGCCUGCAACGACUUCCACAAACACGUGUGCACGCGAUGGAAGUUGGCUCCGAGCUCGAAGCUGACCAGCGUGUUCGGUCAGCAAGCUCUGAGGAUCAGGAGGUCGGUGAUCGGCGCCCUGCGCAACACGUCGGUGCCUUCGGAGGGCCAGACGGCCGUGCAGAAGGCGGCCGGACUGUUCCAGUCUUGCGUGGACCUCUUCGGCGACGAAGAGCACGCCCCUUCGGGUCAGGACCCCAGCGCGGACAUCGUCGGCUUCCUUCGUGGCCGCAACGCGACGUUCGAGGUUCAGUCUGACGUGGACCCGGCGUACGUGAUGCUCGAUUUUCCGCUUACUUACGGCCUCCCGACGCUGUUCAACGUCAGGGUGGACACUAUCCCGGGCAAUGCGGAGCGUCUGCACGUAGUUCUCAGCAUGCGGCGGUCUCUCUACGACGGCCACCGGGCAAGCGACAAGGCGAUUGAACAGCAUCUUCGGUGGCUCGGGCUGAACGACGAUCUGAUCCGGGAGCUUGCACCAACGAUAGGAACGAUCGAGGAUUAUCUUAUAAAGCUCGGCAGGGACGCGUACGAGGACGAGGCGCCAGACGCGAGAGAAAGGCUGGUUUUGCUGCUGCGCACAAUGGAGAAAGGCAUCUUGGGCAAGAAAGGUGACAACUGGAACUACUACAUGGGGAACAUCACGAGCGCACUGUUGCCUGGCGAACAUUACGUCGCAUUCGAGACACGAUACUUGGUAACGUUCCUCGCGAAGGUUUUUCAAAAAAUUCCAAACCCGAAUCACCUUCGCAUCUGGAUGAGCUUUGACCUGUCCAGGCAGCUGAGGCAGAUGGCCCACGUUAGUAGUACUGGUUCGUUUCAAAUGAGCAGCGCCAUUUCUCAGUGGGAAAACCGCUGCCUGAAGCACACGUCGAAAGUGAUGCACACAGCAGCUUACGCCGCCUUCUACCACGCAUCGGUGACCACCGACACGGUAUCGAGGGCCGAGGAAAUGGUGUCCAGCAUCGCGGAGUCACUCAGGUCUCGAAUAGCUGAGUCAUCGUGGAUGGAAGACGGCACGAGGGAGAUAGCUGUGAGAAAACUGGCGAAGAUGAAGAAGAUAGUCGGCUACCCGGAAGGGUCGCAGAACGACGACUCCCUCAAUCGAUAUUACGAGACGUACGAGAACGCGGGACCCUCAUUUAUAAGCAACUGGCUGAGCGCCUCGCGGUCUACCAGCAGAAAGGCGUUGGAACGCCUUUCGGAGCAUCCCGCCCCGGUGCGCGUCAACGAUGACAUGGCCCUGGUGAACGCCAUAUACAAGCCACCUCUCAACACCAUGGUUGUGGGCAUGGGCCUUUUGCUGCCGCCUUUCUUCGGCACGGUCCCGGCCGUCGACUACGCAUCGGCAGGCCACCUCGCCGCGCACGAGAUGAUGCACGCGUUCGACGUUUCCAACCGGCGUCGAGACGACAACAACGUCGAACGAGACUGGUGGACGCCGGCUUCGAAGGCCGAGUACGAGAAGCGCGCCUUCUGCAUCCGAAACUCCUACAUGCCGAUGGAGGAAGAGUUCAGCGAACCGGACGACGUCACCGAUUCUGAAAUAAUGGCGGACUUCAUUGGGCUGUCGGGACUCUACGACGCCUAUCUCAGGGCAAAGGAGGUGCCCGGCGCGUCGUUGGAGCUGCAGGGAAUGCCAGGAGUGACCAGCGACCAGUUGUUCUUUAUAGCGUUCUGCUACAAGUGGUGCUCCAAUUCUCGUCCUAGCGACCGGUACCCGGACUUCAGCGUAAGGUGUAACAUGCCCUUGAUGAACAUGCCCGAGUUCGCGGCUGCUUUCAACUGCAGUGCCGAAUCUCAGAUGAACCCGAAAGAAAAGUGCAGCUUCUGGUGAAUUAAUGAGUGACUCGGGUUAGAGAAAAGAAAUGAGCCCGUGCUGUGUUCUGCAACUCCAGUAAAGGCACGGCUCUGCGCCAUGUGGCGAACAUUCGCGUUCUGUGAACCAGUGCGUGCUUUCGUUUCCUACCAUGUUUGUGGGCACUUCCCGAUGAUACACGUGCUUUGGCGGGACGCUCAAUGACCGACAAUUUUUCCAGCCAAACCAUGUUUAGUGCUCACCAAUGCUCUCUCACGUCCGACUUGAACUCAGACGCUCGUUUCACUGUGUUGCUUGCUGUGAGUGAUAUGCAUGGUGAACACGACAAUGCGAGAUGUGGACACACGUAUUCGUCACUGCGGUGGCAUGGCAGUUCUCGCAGUUUUAGAUCGUUGGGAGGUGUUCUCGUGUACCUCUUGGUUUCGGGCUGCCGAACGUGACCUCUCUUUUUAUUUGUUGCUUGCAAAGCCAGAGAACUGAAUUUGUGGCUACCCCAUCCUGUGUACAAAGCAUUCCCACGUUUUAUGAUUUGUUUUAGCGAUGCUUACGACAGUCUUCAGUGACUUAGUUGUGACAGGCAUACAAGCUCCUUCGGUAUUUAUGUGAACACAAUGGGCAUUAUUUAUCGCGUAAGCACUGCUAGUCAGCUGUUAGCGCUUCGCGCGCACUUGAGUUAAGUCGAACGAUUCACCGGCAGCAGGGCUAGAAUUGCCUAUAAAUUCAUUUCAAUUCAAUUCAGAUUUAUUCAGCAUCUGUCAGAUGUUUCGAACACGGACAAAAAGCCUGAGAAGGCUUGACUGAGUCCAUGCACCACAGCAUGGCCAUACAGUGGUAUCAAUUCCAUACACGUACAGGAGAAAAUUAAUGUGCAGGAAAUGCAUGAAUGUAACGUAAAACUAAAGAACAACUUAAACAAAGGUAAACAUACGCAUAAAGGAAAUGCAUUAAAUGUACAAACGUAUUGCGGAAAAUUUACUGGAUCAUAAACAAAACAAAUAGAGAAACACAGUCAGUAUCUCAACAAAAGGUAAAACAAUGAAGCGAUGAGGAUGCAGAUAUCUAUUCAAUGUUUAUUUAUCCGGUUUUCACAGAAACAUUAUAGAGGGCAGAGUGCAAAAUAAGAAAUGGGGAGUCUGCACAACAUCUCUAAAUGAUAUUUAUUUUCUCAUCGUUUUUAGCAGCUCGAUGCCGCUGCUUUGUUGGUCACUGUGGAAGCGCAUGUCGUUAUUCUUGUCCAGAAUUUUUCAGAUAUAUAUAGAAUACAUGUAGUGCCAUAGGUUACACGGGCAUGGCGUGGUAAGUCAAUACGGCUACCCUAUGACCACCUACUUCAAGAAAUGAUUUUUAUUGAAUGUGACGCAUUCGCCAUAAUCAUCUUUGUUGACAUAUGAAUUAUUAGUGGCUACAAAUGUAAAUAAGUGUACUGACGACGGAUCAACUGAUUAUUUUUUUGUUAUUUCAGAGCACAUGCUUUGAGUAUGGACAGAAACGGUUCGUACUCAAAUUUUAUACUUUCAGAAAAAAUGAAAGUUAAGGAAAGAAAGGCUCUCACCAGUUCUAAGAUGCUCGUUUCGCGAAUGUCACUAAGUUAUUUGAUGGGUAAUCUUUGUUUAGUUUUAGACGUUUUACUACAAUGCCAACUAGAGGAAUGAACUCUGGCGUAAGGUUAUCGCCAAACUGCUGCUCAACAGUAAAGCUGCUCAACACACAUGACUAGAGAGCCUUUGCGCAAUUCAAGAGCAUUAGUGAAAUUUUAAGUAAUGGUAAUGAGUUCAGUCAACUUUAAAUGUUUAACUCAUCACUUAUUAUUCUACAUUCACUCAUGUGUUUGGCGGCUGAUAAAUGCGCUGCCCCGAAAAUAGGACGCUCCCUUCGGUCUGCAUCCUUUACCAUAGUCGAACAUGAAUUUCUGCUGGCAACACUGCUGUGCACAUUCCAUACGUCUCAUAAUAUUUGUUACGGCGCAAAGAUACUCGGCAUUAGCUCAAAUCAGGGCGUAUGUGGGUUUUAUCCUCAGGGUAAUGCAAAGCGUCAUCAUUGCUACUCGUGUUCACGUGUGGGCGCGGUGGUUGAGCUCCGGCGCCCCAACCCCAAGCAAGGGUUCUGGGCCGGGUUGGGUGUCAAUGUAGACAUCUUUUUAUCCUUUUAGUCUGCUAAAUAGUUAAAAGCUUUUGUACAAUUCAAAGCAUGCACUCAUCAAUGAGUGACGAAAAUCAGAACUGCGCAGAGUAGCGCUUCGUGGUGACAUGGUGAUGACGUCACAGACGUUAUUAACAGAGUUGUCGUGCGCGCGCAACCUGCAUCUGCUAGCGCAUACGUUCUUGCGUUAUAUCCGGUACUACUAGAAACGUGACGGGGAGAUAUAAUAGCUCUGUGGGAGGGAUGUAGAGUCUAUAUAUAUCGAUUCGCUAGACACAUGACAGGGAAUGUUCGUGAUGCAAUAGAUGAGGGCACGAUGUUUAACUUUCAAAUUUAUUUGCGCAGGGACAAGAUGACAGCGGGAUGCGUAAUUUCAGAAAAUUGACGUAGUAGCAGUGCAUGGGACUGAGUAAUCUGAAGGGAAAGGGCGGAGAGUUAGCUGUAAAUGUACCGACUUGUGUAACUGUAAUGAAUAAAUGUAUGUAGCGCUCCGUCUUGAUUAAUAUUCGCCUUCCUGCACUUGGAGCUAAACAAACCUUUUCUAAAAUAUUCCCGGGACCUAUUGCUUUUUGUGCACAAUAAACUUUGGUUGGCUGUCAGCACUCCAUCCGUUUCCUCGUGUUUGUCCUGCCCCAUGCACUGUUACUGUAUUUUUCUACCAGCACAGUUAGCACCCUUAACAAAAUACAGGGAGCAAGGCAGGUAGCUGAAUUUGAUGCAUGUGAACGUCAAAAAAAAUUUUUUAAAAUUGUUAUUUGAGACUACGUUUACAACCCGUAUUUGUGUGAGGUGUGGUCUUUUUAGCCCGUAUGCAUUAUUUACAUGUCAUACACGGAGACGAAAUUAUGUCUUAGUGACAAAUGUGUUGAGUGAACUGUGUUGUUUGUAUUGACGCAACUGUUUCAUUGUUCGACGACGACUUUGUCGCGUAGCACUUGUUAAUAUAUUGCCUGUGGCAGACAUGCCAUGACCUGUACAGAUAUUCAAGUGUGGAUGAACAAAGACUUAAUCUAACCGUAAUCUCAAUAAAGCGUUGUUUUACACUACUGUUCGUGAUGGUGUGAUCAUAUUCAGAAACACGCGUACGAAUCCAAUUAGAGAGCCUACAUGCUAGCUAACACCAAUGCAUGCACGAUGACAUCUGGUGACAUUUAAACCUCCCUGGGUUACACUAACAAGAGACAUUAAGCAGAUAGAAAAAAAGUGGCAUUACCUUGGUAACGGUGAUUUCCACACAGUUACAUUUUUUCAAAUUGGCAAGUUUAUUGAUCAUGUAUGAAUUGAAUUGGCACUGACACAGGCAGCUAUUAAUUAAUUAAUUCUGCAGCUUUACGUGUCUAAACCAAGAUAUGAAUAUGAAGCACGCCGUAUUGGGGGACUCCGGAUAAUUUAUACCACCUGGGGUUCUUUAACGCGCACCCAAUGCAUGGUACACGGGGUGUUUCUGCAUUUCGCUCCCAUCGAAAUGUGGCCGGUAUUCGAACCCGCGUCCUUGGGCUUAGCAGCGAAACGCCAAAGUCACUACGCCAUCACGACGAGACAGGCAAUUACGAUCAUGCUUGAUAAUCACAGGUUGUACUCCGCACAGAUCAAGGUCGGCUACUCGGGCAUUUUUAAGUGUACGCUCUUUCCCUAUUGUUCGGCCUAACCAGAAUGAAGAUACAUAAUAUGACGGGUAAGAAAAAAAUAUUUCCUGUAUGUUCUGAAGCCCCCGUCGGUGUCUUUCCCUUUGUUUUAGUGAGUUCACAUUAGUGUUCGUCUCGGGACCGUGUACCGUAUUCAGCACCAACUGGGAUGAUUCACAGUGCUAGGCGCAUGUGAUGCCUGCGAGUGCGAAGAGAGCGUCAACCACUUAGUAAAAAUGAUACUACGUUCAAUAUAUAACGGUCACAGGACGAUCGUCCGAUCAUCGUUCCAGAAAGCAGUGAAAACACUUUCGCGAUAUUGCAAAACGAAUUUCUUGUGCGAGCGCCUUCGACUGCGUUGUGCUAUCUGCGCGUUCACACAUUCACUGCUUCUUCCAUUCUGCUCUCGUUCACCUAUCCCACUGUAUAGGGUAGCCAUGCAACGAGACGCUUCUCACGGUUAACAUUCCUGCCUUCUCUUUCUUUAUUAUGGCGAAAGCCUUAUAUGUCUCGUUUCGGGGUGACCUUGAAAAAGUGGAGCCGAAAAUAGGACAAAGAAUUGGUAAAGAAUGUGUACAAAAAUCGGUAACUCAAUAGGAUCAUUAAAAACCCCAUAACAUCAUAGGUAUAUCAAUCAAUAUGUAAUUACACGAGGAAUAUAAAU